AUGGCGACCGCGCGGGUGGCUCGGGCCCCGCGGGCUGUCGCUGCCGGCGGGCUGCUGCACUGCCUGCGAGGUCCUGGGGGCGCCCGGAGGCUGAGCGGCAGCGCUCGGCGGCGGGCCUCUAGGGGCGCCAGCCCGGGGCGCUGGCUCAGCACAGCCCGGGCGCCGGCCCAGCCCCCAAGUGAGGAGGCGGAGGGAGCGAAGGACGUGGCUCCGCCACCUGCAGCAGAGAAGCCAGAGUGGAGCCUGCCCUCCGCGCCGCUUGUGAACCCCGAGCUCCCCCAGCACCCUGCCAGCCGCUCGCUGUUACAGCGGGACAUCCAGGCCUUCCUGAACCAGUGCGGGGCCAGUCCCGGGGAGGCGCGCCACUGGCUCAUGGAGUUCCAGACUUGCCACCACUCCUCGGACAAGCCCUUCGCCGUCAUAGAGGUGGACGAGGAGGUGCUCCAGUGCCGGCAGACUGUGUCUACUCUGGCCUUCGCCCUGGCCUUCCUGCAGCGCAUGGACAUGAAGCCGCUAAUAGUCCUUGGGCUGCCCGCACCCACGGCGCCCUCGGGUUGUCUCUCCUUCUGGGAGGCCAAGGCCCAACUCGCUCAGAGCUGCAAGGUUCUGGUGGACGUGCUUCGGCACAACGCCGCCACCGCUGUGCCCUUCUUUGGCGGCGGGUCAGUGCUGGGCGCAGCCGAGCCAGCCCCGCAUGCCAGCUGUGGUGGUAUAGUCUCAGUGGAGACGGACCUGCUGCAGUGGUGCCUGGAGUCGGGUAGCAUCCCCAUCCUGUGCCCCAUCGGGGAGACUGAAGCGCGCCGCUCGGUCCUCCUCGACUCGCUGGAAGUGACCGCAUCGCUGGCUAAGGCGCUGAAGCCCACCAAAAUUAUCUUCCUCAAUACCACAGGCGGCCUGCGCGACAUCAGCCACAAGGUCCUGAGUAACGUGAACCUGCCAGCCGACCUGGACCUGAUCACCAACGCCGAGUGGGUGAGCACCAAAGAGCGGCAGCAGAUACGGCUCAUCGUGGACGUGCUCAGCCGCCUGCCUCACCACUCCUCGGCCGUCAUCACGGCCGCUAGCAAGCUGCUCACCGAGCUCUUCAGUAACAAGGGGUGUGGGACGCUGUUCAAGAAUGCAGAGCGAAUGCUGCGAGUGCGGAGCCUGGACAGCCUGGACCAGGGCCGCCUGGUGGACCUGGUCAACGCCAGCUUUGGCAAGAAACUCCGCGACGACUACCUGGCCUCGCUGCGCCCGCGGCUGCACUCCAUCUACGUCUCUGAGGGGUACAAUGCAGCCGCCAUUCUGACCACGGAGCCCGUGCUGGGGGGUACCCCAUACCUGGACAAAUUCGUGGUGAACUCCAGCCGCCAGGGCCAGGGCUCGGGCCAGAUGCUGUGGGAGCGCCUGCGGCGGGACCUGCAGACUCUUUUCUGGCGCUCCCGGGUCACUAACCCCAUCAACCCCUGGUACUUCAAGCACAGUGACGGCAGCUUCUCCAACAAGCAGUGGAUCUUCUUCUGGUUUGGCCUGGCUGAUAUCCGGGACUCCUAUGAGCUGGUCAACCACGCCAAGGGGCUGCCAGACUCCUUCUGCAAGCCAGCUUCUGAUCUAGGCAGCUGACCCUCACCACAGGCCCUGCAGGCCCUGGGACAGCCAAGGUGGACCAAUAGCCAUGCCUGUUGGGGCUGGCCCCAGGCAGCCACAGGCAGGACCAGGCUUGUUGGAUGAGUGACCUGCAGAGCAGGAAGCAGCCCCCACUUGACUCUGCCAAGGUGGGGGCACUGAAGUGGGUCAAGCAUAGGACACAGGAAAGAGAAGGCCAGCCCAAGACCUCCACUUGCUCCAAAGCCACAAUCAGGUGGUCUUCAAGUCUCAGCCUUUGAUGCAGGCGGGGAUUGACUUGGAGGGGUCUGCUCAAAGGAACCUUGAAGAAUAGCUGGUUUCUGCAGCCCUUGUGCUGUGUUUUGAGGCUCCCCUGCCCACUGUAUUACCCCCACCUGCCUGAUAUUCCACCACCCAUUUUAAUUCCUUUGGGUCUUACAACUUUUCAGGAGGCCUUGAUUAAAACACAAAUACUUGUCUGAAAGUCAGUUCACACUUAAAAGGAAAUUAGCAGUGACCCUCUGGGAGCAAGAUCUUGAGGACUGGGGACCCAGGGGCUCCUAGGGGAAUACUGGAGCUAAGUAAGUUAGAGAGUCCCAAGGAUGAAGGCUGCUGCCAUCUCUCUCACCUGAGUAUCAACAGCCUUCAGAGGGGCCCCCUACCCCAAAGGUAGGAAACAUUCCCCACUCAGACCAGGUGCC